AUGUCACUGGCGAAAAAUCUGAAGGCCAUUACAUCACUGGCGCCGAGACCAAUCGUUACCUGGGAUAAAGCCGAAAGAAUACGGAGAAAUGAAGAAAUUUGGGCGAAUCCUGAGUCCAUUGUACAUCGAUUACCAGAGCAUUAUAAAGUUAGGUAUUGGAACAGCUUACUAAAGGAUGCUGCUCCUGUACAUUACCGCGUCCCCAACUCGAGAUACUUUUGGGAUCCUAAGCGAAACACUCAGGUUGAAGCCGAAGUUAAUCCUAUCAUAGGCGUUCAUCCACCUGAGGCUGACCAAGGUCUUUGGGGUGGUGAAGGAAUUGUGAAAGGCUGGAUUGAAUCUCGUCCAUAUACAAAAAAGAAAGUUCUUCACAGGAAUUGGGUCCCUCGUCUGUUCUUCCCUUAUCUAAAAUGUUCAGUGUUUUAUUCGGAAAUAUUGGAUCAGUAUUUACAGAUCACUGUUACUGAGAGAGCUUGUCGAUUGAUUGAUGAAGCUCACGGAUUAGAUUAUUACAUUUUGGAUACACCUGAGUUAGAUUUGAGAUCGAAACUUGGCAAUAAAUUAAAGCAAGAGAUGCUUCUUCGUCUAGCUAAUGAAGAUUAUUUCCCCGAAGACGAAGAUAAGAGAGCUUACAUCAAAGAGAAAUACGCUAAAUACAAAAUUCCCGCUGAGGAAGCUGAAUGGGUAGGAUUGGAUAUCAAUGAAGCAGCUCGUAAGCAACAGCUUCUGGAAGAAAGCAUUCAGCCUGAGCCUCUUAAGUUUAAAUAUGAGCAGGAACUAGUCGAAAAGCUGAAGAAGGGUGUUGAUAUUACAUCGAACGAGGAGGAAUAUGUGCGGAAAACAGAGGAGUCUAAGUUCGGAGAGAAAUUGCUUGGAAAGUACAUGAAUCCAUUGGCCAAGAAGCUCAAAGGUUAA